GGAUGUUGCGCGUGAAGGGGAAAUGGCUGCCGAAAACAAGCCGGAAGGACUGAAGAAAAUUCGUAAUCCGGAUCGAAUGUACAGAUCAGCUGUGUGUUAUGCUGGCCAUGGUCCUCCUAAGAGUAUCAGUGAUGACACAGAGAUGAACAAUGAACAUGGACAUUUGAAAAUAUACCUGCCCAAAAAGUUGCUUGAAUGUCUACCAAAAUGCUCCUCUCUGCCAAAGGAAAGACAUCGUUGGAACACCAAUGAGGAGAUUGCUGCCUACUUGAUAACGUUUGAAAAGCAUGAGGAAUGGCUAACGACAUCCCCUAAAACAAGGUAAGUGAGACACUUCCUGUGGAAAAAGCCCAAACAAGAGAAGUUCAUGGAGAAGUGUGCGGGGAAAAAAGAACCUCCACCAACCUGGACAUUUUCAAUAAGAGGUAUCUUGGCAGGCAGUUUGCAGCAGUCCCCAAAGUACAGCUCAGUCUCACACAACCCUCUUGAUCAGGGUGAGAUGUUUGAUAUUACUAGCUGCUGAUGGCAGUUUGAGAAACUUUCUUCACCUUUCAGACAGGCAAAGGGGAUAUGAGUGUUGACUAAUAAUUGCUUUAAGUGAGCCAAUUAACACAACAUGCACUGCUGUGGCCUCGGCGGUGUGAAUGAGAUGCUAAUGUGUUGGUAUCUGUCUGCACAUUCACAACCACUGGAGACCAGGGGCUGCUCUGGCAUAGGAAUGGGAAUGUCAUUAAGAUAUAGCCUGAAAUAACUCACAAAUCUUUGAGUUUUGUUAUUCACUUAUAUAGCCCUGGG